AGAGCAGGACAAACCAGUUCAGCUCAGAGCAGUACAAGCAGCAGUUCUAGGAUUACGCAGGAUCGUUUUUUUGUGAUGAAAGGCUCAUAAUCACAUUACAGCAAAUCACAGUUCGUUCUGCACAUCUUAGCAAAAAGGAUGACUUCUCCAGUAAAUCUGUCCAAAGAGGAAGCUUCUGACAACCUUAAGAGACAAUCCACUGAUGAUCCAGUUAAGCCAAACAAGGACAGUGAGGGUAAUGUCUGUACAGAUAUCAGUCCUGGCUUUUGUGGACUGAUUCAUAGAGAGGUACCAGAGCUCCAAAUUGAACAUUCCUUUGAUGAUCCAUCGAUUCCAGAUAAUCACAGCGAACAAGCUAAUUUUCCUGGCUUCAGGCCGAUAAAAAGAAACAGAUCACCUUUGAGAUCUAUAUCCAAGUGUGAACCGUCUACAGAUUGUCCACACAACUUCACCAUCAGAGACGAUCAUGCUGAUCCAAGCCUGAUCCGAAGAGAGAGAAUGGAGUCAUAUUUGUCCAUGAGGAGUGAUUACAAUGUGAAUGACCCAGAUGACAGCCAAAAGGGAAACAUUGUUACUGAACUGAGAAACAGAUCAGAGUCACCUACUUUUAGCUUUGUGUCCAUGAAGAGUGAACAGUCAAUGGAUUAUCAAAUUUACUUCAGAGAAAGUGACCCUCAUCAAAAAGAAAGUAUCAGACUGACUAACAGAAAGAUACAAAAGUUCCAAAUUGAACAUUUCAUGGAUAAUCCAUCAAAUCCAGAUAAUCACAGAGAAGAAGAUACUUUUCCUGACUUCAGAAACAGAUCAACUCUCAGUUCUGUAUCUGUGAAGAGUGAACAGUCUAUAGAUUUUCCAUACAACUUCGCAAUCAGAGAUGAUCAUGCUGAUCCAAGUGCCCAACAGAAGAGCCCGCCCCCUUCCAGAGCCAACACUCUGGCAUCAAUAUUCAAGGUGGUUGAACAAAAUGUUAUCUCUCUGGUGACAAAUGAGCUAAAGCGAUUCAAGAACCUGCUGAGUCCAGAAUACAUAGAGGGUGAGGUGGUGGAGGAGGAGAACGAGAGUGUCAGGAAGGGAGCACUGAAGAUUACACUACAUGUUCUUAGGAAAUUGAGGCAAAUAGACUUGGCUACACUUUUGGAAUCGAAAAUGGCACCUUGGUAUCAGCAACAGCACAAAUUGAAACUCAAGAAGAAAUAUCAAAGCAUAAAAGAAGAAAUGGCAAAGCAACAAAACUCAACACGUCUGAAUGAGAUCUACACAGAGCUCUACAUCACUGAGGGUGAAUGUGAAGAAGUCAGAAGUGACCAUGAAAUAAAACAGAUUGAGGAAAUAUCCAAGAAAGUAGCAACAGAGGAGACUUCCAUAAAAGUGAAUGAAGUAUUUAAAGCCUUGCCUGGACAAGACAAGUCCAUUCGCACGGUGCUGACAAAAGGAGUUGCUGGCAUUGGGAAAACAGUCUCAGUGCAAAAGUUCAUUCUGGACUGGUCUGAGGGACAUGCAAAUAAGGAUAUCCACUUCAUAUUUCCACUUCCCUUUAGGGAGUUAAAUUUGUUAAAGGAGAACAUGUUCAGUCUGAAGGAGCUUCUUCAGCACUUUUUUACAGAAAUGGUGGACUUGGCAUUGAAAGGCUCUGAUGCCCAUAAAAUCCUGUUCAUUUUUGAUGGUCUGGAUGAAUGUCGUCUUUCACUAGAUUUCCAAAACAAUCAAAGAGUGUGUAAUGUCACAGAGAGAACCUCAGUCAAUGUGCUGCUGACAAACCUCAUCAAGGGGGACCUGCUUCCCUCUGCUCUUCUCUGGAUCACCUCUCGACCAGCAGCAUGCGGUCAGAUCCCUGCGGAGUGUGUUGACCAGGUAACAGAGGUAAGAGGGUUUAAUGAUCUACAGAAAGAGGAAUACUUUAGGAAGAAGAUCAGUGACCAGAGCCUGGCCAACAAAGUCAUUGCACACAUGAAGUCAUCUAGAAGCCUCAACAUGAUGUGCCACAUCCCAGUCUUCUGUUGGAUUGCAGCCACUGUUCUAGAGAAAAUGUUGAGUCAAGCAAAGAAAGGCAAGAUCCCCAACACUUUGACUCAAAUGUUCACACACUUCUUGAACUUGCAGAUGACCCAAUGGAGUCAGAAAUACCACACCUACAAUUCUGACCCUGAUCAAAUUAGAGAGAGCAUUCUGGCCCUGGGGAAAUUGGCUUUUCAACAGCUGGAAAAGGGCAACCUGAUCUUCUAUGAGGAAGACCUGAAAGAGUGUGGCAUUGAAGCUAAAGAAAUGUCAGUGUACUCAGGCUUGUGCACCCAGAUCUUUAGAGAAGAGAUUGGGUUGCAUAUGGGGAAGAUGUACAGUUUUGUGCACUUGAGUAUUCAGGAAUUACUUGCUGCACUAUAUAUCUUUGUCUCAUUCAUCAGCAACAGAAAGGAGUUUGACAAGAAAAACCCUGGAUUUGUUAGCUCCAUCCAAAAACCAACAAUGUCUGAUCUUCUCAAGAGUGCCGUGGACAAGGCCUUAAGGAGUAAGAAUGGACACCUGGACCUUUUCCUUCGCUUUCUUCUUGGUCUGUCAAUGGAGUCCAAUCAGAAUCUCCUAACUGGCCUGCUAAAACAGAAAGUAAACAUUAUAAACAAAGACAAAACGGUCAAAUACAUCAAGAAAAUGAUUAAAGAAAACUCAUCUACAGAGAAAUCCAUCAAUUUGUUCCACUGUCUAAAUGAACUGAAUGAUCAUUCGCUGGAGCAAGAAGUCCAACCGUACUUGAGCCGAAGGGGCAAGAAUCGUCUAUCCACAACCAACCUCUCUCCAACUCAGUGGUCAGCUCUGGUGUUUGUGUUUUCAAACUCAGAAGAAGAGUUCGAUGAAUUUAAUCUUUGUGAUUAUGACCCCUCAGAAAAAGUUUUCCAAAAACUGCUGCCAGUAGUUAAAGUAUCAAAGAAAGCAAAUCUGAGUGGUUGUAAUCUCACUGAGCAAAGCUGUGCACUUCUGGCCUCAGUUCUCAGUUCAAAGUCUAGUGUGAGAGAGCUGGACCUGAGUACGAAUAUUCUGCAUGAUUCAGGAGUGAAGCUGCUCUCGGCUGGACUGGAGAAUCCACACUGUAAACUGCAGAAACUGAAACUUUGUGGCUGUAGGAUUACAGAAAAGAGCUGCUUAACCCUGGCUUUUACUCUUUCCUCAAAUGUUUCAAAUCUAAUAGAGCUAAACUUGGCCAAUAAUAAUCUACAGGAUUCAGGAUUGAAGCUGCUUUGUGAUGGACUGGAAAAGAAGGACUGUAAACUGCAGACACUGGGUCUCUGUAACUGCAGUAUAACACAGGAAGGCUGUGAGGUUCUGGUGUCAGCUCUGAAAUCAAACCCCUCUCAUCUAAGAGAGCUGAAUCUGGGGAUGAAUAUGAUAGGAGAUUUAGGGGUAAAAUACCUGUCUUCAUUUUUGGAGGAUUCCAACUGCAAACUGGAGAAGCUAGAGCUGUUUGACUGCAGUAUUACAGAUGAAGGCUGUGCUUCUCUGGCUUCAGCUCUGAAGACAAAUACCUCACAUCUAAGAGAGCUAAAUUUGCAUCAUAACAAAGCAAGAGAUUCAGGAGUGAAGCUGCUCUUAUCUCUACUGAAGGAUCCAUGCUGCAAGCUAGAGAAGCUAAACUUCUACACCUGACACUAUAUGAGUCUCAAGAUCAUCCACAAGUCCUACAUUUGGAAUGAUCACCAAAUGACAAGACUAUGAACUGUUAAUAAUUCAGUAUUUGUAAUGUACCUGUACAUGUCUAGUAAGUAGUUUAAAUUGCAUAAAAUGUAUAUGAAUGAGGUUCAACUUAUAUAGUGCCUUUCUAGAAACCCAAGGACGCUUUACAAUUAACACGUUUUACACAUGUGUAUACAUGCUUAAGUUAAACUGAUAACCAUUAUGUUCCUUUACAAUGUAAACAGUGUAAUGGCUACAUCUCCUUUGUAUGUUUCUUUUGGGUUGUAUCAAUAUAUUUUGUAAAAUUUGUAAAAUAUGAAACAGUAAAAUGUGAAACAUUAACACAUUGAAACUAUAAGCUUACAAUUAAAACUGCAUGUCUGAAGUUUUCAGAGUAGAUUAUUAUAUUCAGUAAGAGAAUAUUUCUUGGAUGUUAGUGCUGUGUUUUGUAUAGCAAUACUGAAACACUGGAGGCUAUUUAAAUAAUAGUUCAAUAAAAUAUUACAUUGAAAGUCGUGGUAGGUGAGAAUUAUUCAAGUGAAAUCAUACAGAUGAUGUAAGAUGAGUGUGAUUGUUAUGAACCUUUACUUGAUAUAAAUAUAUUUGACAUAACAACUGAAGUGUUCCUUACACCUACAUAGGAUUGCUACCCUUCAGAAUUGAAAAUAAGGGACGCCCAUCAUGGCUCCUCUGGGCUAUGAGCCAAAGCUGAAAAAUCCUGCACUGAAUGGAUCAGCACUACAUACUGCAUGUUUGUUAUGUGCUCUGUUGUUUUUAGUGAGAGCUGCAGGCAUCUGACAUAUUUUGUGUUGUAAAACCAGAAUCCUGAAGUGGGAAGGUGAGAAAGUUGAGGGAUAUGAUACCAUAGUCCAUAUAGUGUUGGACUGCCAAACUGAGGUUUAUGGAGGUACACAUUUUCUGACUUCAUAUCCUCUGGUCCUCUCUAUGGAAGCCCAUUCCUGCCACCCAAAAGAAAAAUCCAGCACAUUUAUUUAGUAUUAUUAAGUAAACUGCUCUCUCAUUAUUUUGAGAAAGUAAGUCAUUAUUUUGAGAUAGUAAGUCAUUAUUUUGAGAUAGUAAGUCAUUAUUUUGAGAUACUAUCUCCAUAUUUUGAGAUAGUAAGUCAUUAUUUUGAGAUACUGUCUCAUUAUUUUGAGAUACUAGUAGACUGUACAGAGACAAAAGCAGGUGAGACAAAGACGCAAAAUUGAUACUAUCAUUCAGAGGUGGAUUCACAGACAAUGAAAUACUGGUGCUUUUAGAGGAAUCACAUAAUAUAUGUACUGGAUCAGUUGUUGUUCCCCCAGGACUAUAGGGGGCGCAGACUUUGCUAUGUUGAGUCAGGUAGUAAAUAGAAGAAAUGAACUGGAGGCAUUGUUUUUUCCCGUAAGGCAAGCAAGCAGUGUGUCUCUGCUAAUCCAAAGCAUCCACUUCUUUCUAUCCCUUCGAAUGGCAAUAUGAGUAAGUGUUAAGUUGUAUGUGAUUGAUAGAUGUUAGGCAUGGGAGUAUUGAAGUUCAUUUGAGAUGUUUUCAAUACGUUAAAUGUAUCAAUAUAGCAAAAUCCUUUCUGUUCAUUUGAAGUUCAUGUAAUGUGGCUGCAAAUGACUCUUUAAUGCACCUUAUACAUUGAAGGAAACAUUUAUUUGAUUUAAGUGGACAUAUAUAUGAUUUGCAUACUGAGUAUUUUUCUGUAUUUUGUAUUGUUUCAGUUUCACACUUUUUUGCAUUAAAUCCUGUCCAAACACAA